GUUUUGAAAACAGCCUCAACACGAAUUACCUACCGUUUGCCCUGCAGCGGCGAUCGACUGUGGUUGCCAGCGCCCCAGCGCCAGGAUCUGCCUCUAGGAUCCCGGAGUCGCCCAGCACCAACAUCAGCAGCAGCAUCAACAUCAACAAUAGCAACAGCCAAUCCAGCAGCAACAGCCAGAUUAGCGGCAGUGGAGACAGUCUCAGCUGGCGGCAGCAAUCCUGGCUAGACAGGAACCCCUUGGCCACCUCAGACGUAACCGGAACCAUGUCGAUGAACACCACCUUCGACUCGGCCAGCCUGCCCAGCAUGAGCAUGGACCACUCGCUGACGGAAAAAUCGCAGUUGGUCAAGGAGGGCUGGCUGAUGAAGCGGGGCGAGCACAUCAAGACCUGGCGACAGCGCUACUUUUGCCUCCACUCCGACGGUCGUUUGACGGGCUAUCGCAGCAAGCCGGCGGACAGCACCAGCACAACUUCGGAUUCGCUGCUCAACAACUUCACGGUGCGCGGCUGCCAGAUCAUGACCGUGGAUCGACCUAAACCCUUCACCUUCAUCAUUCGCGGCCUGCAGUGGACUACGGUCAUCGAGCGCACAUUCGCCGUGGACACGGAACUGGAGCGCCAGGCCUGGACAGAGGCCAUCCGCAACGUGUCCAGCCGACUCAUUGAUGUGGGCGAGGUGGCCAUGUCGCCGUCGGUGCAGACAGACAUGACCGACGUGGACAUGGCCGGAAUCGCCGAGGUGGAGCUCUCUGAGCAGUUCUCUGUCAAGGGAACCACCUGCAACAGCAGCGGCGUUAAGAAAGUGACUUUAGAGAAUUUUGAGUUCCUAAAGGUGCUCGGCAAGGGCACAUUCGGUAAGGUUAUCUUGUGCCGCGAGAAGGCCACCGCCAAGCUGUAUGCGAUCAAAAUUCUCAAAAAGGAGGUCAUCAUCCAGAAGGACGAGGUGGCCCACACCCUGACCGAAAGUCGUGUGCUCAAGUCCACAAAUCACCCGUUCCUCAUUUCACUUAAAUAUUCUUUUCAAACCAACGACCGCCUGUGCUUUGUGAUGCAGUACGUGAACGGGGGCGAGCUCUUCUGGCAUUUGAGCCACGAACGCAUCUUCACAGAGGACCGCACCCGCUUUUACGGCGCAGAGAUAAUUUCGGCCCUUGGCUAUCUGCACUCACAGGGCAUCAUCUACCGCGACUUGAAGCUGGAGAAUCUUUUGCUGGACAAAGAUGGCCACAUCAAGGUCGCCGACUUCGGUCUGUGCAAGGAGGACAUCACCUAUGGCCGCACGACGAAAACCUUCUGCGGCACACCGGAAUAUCUAGCUCCGGAAGUAUUAGACGACAAUGACUAUGGCCAGGCGGUUGACUGGUGGGGCACCGGCGUGGUUAUGUAUGAGAUGAUCUGUGGUCGACUUCCCUUUUACAAUCGUGAUCAUGAUGUGCUCUUCACAUUGAUUUUGGUGGAGGAAGUCAAGUUCCCACCCAAAAUUACAGAUGAGGCGAAAAAUCUGCUGGCAGGCCUGCUAGCCAAGGAUCCCAAAAAGCGCUUAGGCGGUGGCAAGGAUGAUGUCAACGAGAUAAAAGCUCAUCCCUUCUUUGCGAGUAUUAACUGGACAGAUCUGGUGCUGAAAAAGAUUACGCCGCCUUUCAAGCCUCAGGUCACUUCCGAUACGGAUACGAGGUACUUCGACAAAGAGUUUACGGGAGAGAGUGUGGAGCUUACGCCGCCGGAUCCCACCGGACCGUUAGGCUCCAUAGCCGAAGAGCCGCUUUUCCCGCAGUUCAGCUACCAAGGGGACAUGGCCUCCACGUUGGGCACCUCGUCGCACAUUAGUACUUCCACAAGUCUCGCAUCGAUGCAAUAGAACAAGUUUACAAACUUUUACAAGCACACAUCAUGUUCUGCUUCAUCACCUAUUACUAUACAAUACCUAUAACAUAUAGAAAUGGGAAAAAGAAAACAAAAAGCAAGAAUAUAUUAAAAAAUAAUUAUACCAUGAUAACGAAGGCAUGCAAAGGGUUUUCUUGCUAGUUUAUAUACACCAAUAACAAGAGAAUUCAAUUGAUAGUAACUUAUUUUUUUAUAAAGAAAAAGGGAACGUUAAACGAAAGGGAAGCAGCUGACGCCGAGGAAAAUAAUUUACUACAUAUGAUUAUACAUAUUAAUUUAUAUAUAUAUAUAUAUAUAUACAAAUAUAUAUAUACACAUACUUAUAUAUACAUAUAAAUAUAACACUUGGGGCUGUUCGCUCGAAGUGAUUAGUUAAUUUUAAACGCAAGUAAAACAUUUAACCAAGCGGCACAGAGACGGUGCGUUUUAGCAGUAGGAGAAUGGCAUGCCUGUUAGAAUCUGUUAAGCAAACGCUUCGUCUUAGGGCCGCUUAAGCUGAUUGAUUAUACAGACUAUUCACGCAGACAGCACUCACACACA